AUGUCAAACUUGUCGAAGCUUGAGUUUGUGGCACUUGACAUCUCUGAAAAAAAUUACUUGUCAUGGAUUCUCAACGCUGAGAUUCACCUAGCUGCUAAGGGUCUUAGUGAUACUAUUAACCCGGAUAAUGCAGCGUGGAGUCAGGACAAGGCCAAGGCUAUGAUUUUCCUUCGUCAUCAUCUGGAUGAAGGACUAAAGGUUGAAUACCUUACUGUGAAAGAUCCACUUGAAUUGUGGACUUAUUUGAAAAGAAGGUAUGACCACCUAAAGGCCACGAUUGUUUUCCAAUUGAAAUUAUGUGGGGAAACUAUAAAUGAUGAGGACAUGAUAGAAAAAAUGCUAACUACUUUUCAUGCCUCAAAUGUGCUAUUGAAGCAGCAAUACUGUGAAAAAGGCUUUCAAAAGUAUUAUGAAUUGAUCUCAUAUCUUCUAGUGGCUGAGCAACAUAAUGCCCUUUUGAUGAAAAAACAUAAAGCCCUUCUCAUUGGAGCUGCUCUACUACAGGAAGCAAAUGGGGUACAAGCAUAUGACCAGCCUGAAAGAUGGCAAGAUUGGGAUCAUAAUAACAUGCGUGGACGUAGCAAUGGCAGGGGAUGA